AUGAGCGAGAAUGGUGAUCCAUCUCAAAAAGCAACCGAACCCGAACCAGAAGUAGGAUGGCGUCCGUGGUGGUUUACUGCCAUACAUCAAAAGAUUUCAGCCGGAGUAGGAGACGCGGAACGUCAACAGACAGAGAAUAACUGUCCAGGUGCUGCUGAUUCACAAGCGUCGUGGUGUACAGGUCUGGCUAGUAAGUUGCCGUCAUUCCCGUUCAGAAACCAGGUCGAAAUUGUAGACCCGGAGAAUCUUGAAGAAUACUCUAAGCUUUCAAACAAACAAAUUCAACUUUUAGAGCUGGAAGCGCAGCAAGCCAUUUUGAAAAAGACAAGUACUUGGUGCUGGUUUGAAGCUGUAGACGAGAUGAUAUCCACCGAGCCUGAGGCCUGGGGUGAAUUAAGCGUUGCAACCACGGGGUCGGCAGUGUGUCCUUUGCCGCUGAAAAAAUAUCCGAUUUCUGAGGGCUCCGCCACUCAAGUUUACGUGCGCAACUCGCUCAUGGUACCGAAUGAAAGGCCGGACCAAAUAUUUCGAGAAAGACCUUCCAAGACGAAGCUUAUGCAAGCUAUAAAGCAAUAUUACCAAUUUCCUACCGACCGUCAUCUGUAUAUGAGAAGGACAACGUCUGCAGGGUCUUUGGAAGGUAAGAGAAUUCUUGUCUUAAGCUUUGUCGGUGGAAUGCCGGACAGAUACGAAAAACUGGUUUUACGUAAGAGUUGCUCUGCACGUCAUCUUUCGAUGCAUAUCUCAUCGUCAUUGAAAAACCGUCACGUCGCUUCCAUUAAAGCUCUAUCUUUCGAAUGUCCUUUGGACCAAAAAAGCCUCGACGACUGCUUUCAAGAAGCUACGCAACUCAUACAAAAUUGGAAGUAUUUGUUUCGCGACUGCGAUGCAAUUUUUUUGAGUGGUAUAUAUCACAGUGUUCCUCUAGUUUUGUUGGUUUUGCAACAUCUACUCAAAGAACACACACUGUACGGGAUUCUCCCAGAUGUACCGGUGGGAUUACUUGCCAUCGAAUCUUGUUUAGGUGGCUACGACUUUUGGGACCAUAGCUCUGAUGUGAAUCCCGAAGACACGUCUUCCAGUUCGUAUGCUUCUAAAGAAAAGGCUCUUUUUCAAAAUAGCACCAAGGUUCAGCAGGAAUUUUUAUCCAAAUUUGCCAAUUACAAAAAUCAUGAUUCUGAUGAAUCUUUGAAAGUCCAGCAGGCUCUGGAUUGGAUUUUGCAUUAUCAUCGAUCUACGAGAUUAACUCUUAUUGGCCGACUUUAUGACAAUUUCAUGACAAUAUCCCAAAAACUGGCGGUCGAAUAUCAACACCCUAAUAUAGUGCGGCAUGCCUGGUGCGACGGAGCCCCGCUGGGAGUGAUGCCAGAAACGGGAGCCGGGGAUUCUCUUUCGAGAGUUAGUGCCAGAACGCCACAUUUCGAUUGUCCCAUCAACGUACCAGAAGAACGAUUGUUCGAGAUUUCUUUAAUGAGCGACAUCCUUCUGGCGAUCAAUCUGGGGAAAGAAGCGUUUGUUCCCGUGAUGCGGUUGAUCAGUCCGUUCUAUAUUUCCAGAUCAUUUAAUGAACACAGUAUGACGCCUGUGUUAAGAAAACAGAAACUUGCAGAAACGCGAACGUGGUUUCAAGACAUGGAUACGAAAUGGAAAGAUGUGCAGCUAUUACCUGACUCGAUUGUACCCGAAAAAGCGGAAUCUUUGCAGCAGUUGCUGGAGUUCAUUUGCUACAGCUCCAAUAAGAACCCAGAGAUGGUCAAAGUCAGAAAUGAUCUUUUCGAUGAUGCAGCAGUGUAUGAUCUUUUCCUUGAUAACACUGUAAAGACUGUUACGCCGCUUGAACCAAACCAUAUGCAUCUGUCAUCUGCUACCACAAUCUGUCCCAGCAUUUACAGUAAACGAAAUCAGUACGACCUGGUAUGGAGGUUACACAGCUGUUUUGAGAGCUUUAUUCAGUUGAAAACGCUUCCUGUGCAACCGACGCCGCAUUUAACCUUCCACUUCUCUCGAGAACUCAACACACCUCUCUUUCCAGCCCCCAAACCUGUGACGUUUCCACAAGACUCACUAGAAGCCAGACGGCGUCUUUCCGACCUCUGGACUCUUUCCAAGAACUGGAAUCCUCCUACAAACGGUUUGAAGCACUUAAAGCGUGUCUUGGGCUUCUUAUCACUAUAUUCAUCUCCUGCUGAUCUUAUAGCCGAUCUAGGUCACUAA